CGCAGUGCGGUGGAUGGAGGCGGUGGCGGGGGGGGUCAGGGGAGGUUGCGGGCGGCGCCUGCGCAGUGCGGCGGCCGAGUCAGUGUGUAUGUGAGACUCUGACGGGUUCAAAAUGGCGGCGGCGGCUCCUGUAAGAGGACAAAGGCGCAGGAGAGACCUGGAGGAAGAGGAGGAAGACAGCAGCCCUGGAGUGUCCUUCUCCCUCUCUUCAGAAGAGUCAGAGAUGGAGCCUGAGGAAGAACGGAUCCGUUACAGCCAAAGACUGCGUGGCACGAUGAGGCGGCGUUACGAGGACGAUGGCAUCUCUGAUGAUGAAAUUGAAGGCAAGAGGACAUUUGACCUCGAGGAGAAGCUGUCCACCAACAAGUUUAACUCCACCUUCGUGGUCUUCAUGGAAGGCAAAGACUUCACAGUUGAAUACAUCCAGAGGGGUGGCCUGAGGGACCCUCUCAUCUUCAGGAGCUCCGAUGGCUUGGGGAUAAAGAUGCCAGACCCGGACUUCAGCGUCAAUGAUGUGCGGCUCUGCGUUGGGAGCCGGCGGAUGGUGGAUGUCAUGGAUGUGAACACACAGAGGGACAUUGAGAUGUCCAUGGCACAGUGGGCACGCUACUACGAAACACCAGAGGCUGAGAGGGAGAAACUUUACAACGUCAUCAGCCUGGAGUUCAGCCACACCAAACUGGAGAACCUGGUGCAGAGACCUGCUACGGUGGAUUUGAUUGACUGGGUUGAUAACAUGUGGCCCAGGCACCUGAAGGAGAGUCAGACAGAGUCUACGAAUGCCAUCCUGGAGAUGCAGUAUCCAAAGGUGCAGAAAUACUGUCUGAUGAGUGUCAAGGGCUGCUACACAGACUUCCACGUGGACUUCGGUGGCACUUCUGUGUGGUACCACAUCCACCGAGGGGGAAAGAUCUUCUGGCUGAUCCCUCCUACACCACAGAACCUGGAGCUCUAUGAAAACUGGCUUCUCUCAGGGAAGCAGGGAGACAUUUUCCUUGGGGACAGAGUGUCUGAGUGCCAGCGCAUCGAGCUCAAGCAGGGCUACACAUUUGUCAUCCCCUCAGGUUGGAUCCAUGCUGUGUACACUCCCAUGGACACACUGGUGUUUGGAGGCAACUUCUUACACAGCUUCAACAUCCCUAUGCAGCUCCGGAUCUACAGCAUUGAAGACCGGACACGGGUCCCAAAUAAGUUUCGUUAUCCCUUCUAUUAUGAGAUGUGUUGGUACGUGCUGGAGCGCUAUGUCUACUGCAUCACCAGCCGCUCCCACCUCACCAAGGACUUCCAGAAGGAGUCACUCAGUAUGGAUAUGGAGCUGAGCUCCUCGGACUCUGUAAACAUGGAAGAGGAAGAGGAGGAGGAAGAGGAUGAGGAUGGAGGAGGGAAGGAGCCCCGGCGACCGAUCACAAGGAGGUCCAUUCUCACCAGCCCCAUUGCCAACGGUGCCAAUGUGGACUAUGAUGAACUGGGCAAGAGCUGCCGGAGCAGCCUGCCAGGUCUGAAGAAGACCCCAUCUAUAGACUCUUCUGACUCCAGCCGGGGCUCCCAGAACGGCCAGGCCUGUGAUCCCAAUGGAGGCAGCCCACGCAAGAGCAGGAAGGUCCAUCUGACCCAGUUUGAGCUGGAGGGGCUGCGCUGCCUCGUGGACAAGCUGGAGUCACUCCCCCUGCACAAGAAGUGUGUUCCCACCGGCAUUGAGGAUGAGGAUGCUCUCAUCGCUGACGUCAAGCUGCUGCUAGAAGAGUACGCAAACAGCGACCCCAAACUGGCACUUACAGGCAUCCCCAUCGUCCAGUGGCCCAAGAGAGAUAAGCUAAAGCUCCAGGCCCGGCUGCGGGUGCGCCUGCCCACCAUCCCCAUCACCAAACCACACACCAUGAAGCCAACCCCGCGCCCCACACCCGUCAGGUCCACGGUGUCUCCCAUCGUGUCCGGUGCCCGGCGGAGGCGGGUGCGGUGCCGGAAGUGCAAGGCUUGCAUGCAGGGCGAGUGUGGAAUGUGCCACUACUGCAGGGACAUGAAGAAGUUCGGGGGCCCUGGCCGCAUGAAGCAGUCCUGCGUCCUCCGGCAGUGCUUAGCACCCAGGCUGCCUCACUCGGUCACGUGUGCACUUUGUGGGGAGGUGGAUCAGAACGAGGACUCGCAGGACUUUGAGAAGAAGCUCAUGGAGUGCUGUAUCUGCAACGAGAUCGUUCACCCUGGCUGCCUGCAGAUGGAUGGCGAAGGGCUGCUCAACGAUGAGCUCCCCAACUGCUGGGAGUGCCCUAAGUGCUACCAGGGGGACGACUCAGAGAAGGGACAGAAGCGGAAGGUGGAGGAGAGCGACGACGACACGGCGCAAGCCAAGGUGCUGCGGCCCCUGCGGAGCUGCGAGGAGCCCCUGACCCCCCCUCCCAACUCUCCCACCCCGAUGCUGCAGCUGAUCCACGACCCAGCAUCACCUCGGGGCAUGGUGACGCGCUCGUCCCCCGGAGCCGGCCCCAGCGACCACCACAGCGCCAGCAGGGACGAGCGCUUCAAGCGGCGGCAGCUGCUGCGGCUCCAGGCCACCGAGAGAACCAUGGUGAGGGAGAAGGAGAACAACCCCAGCGGCAAGAAGGAGCUGUCGGAGGUGGAGAAGGCCAAGCUGCACGGCUCCUACCUCACCGUCACCCUCCAGCGCCCCACCAAAGACGUCCACGGCACUUCCAUCGUCCCCAAGCUGCAAGCCAUCACGGCUUCCUCCACCAACCUGCAGCACUCGCCGCGUGUGGUCAUGCGUCACGCACCCACCAGGAUGCCCCUGCGGGGCGGGGGUGAGGACGAAGCGGCCGCCGAGGAGGAGGAGGAGGAAGAGGAAGAGGAGGACGAGAACGCGGAGGAAGGGGGGGCGGCCCGGCUCAAUGGCCGAGGGGGCCGGGGGCAGGAGGGCGACGAGAGCUGCAUGCAGCGCGAGGUGUGGAUGUCUGUGUUCCGCUACCUCACCCGCAGGGAGCUCUGCGAGUGCAUGCGGGUGUGCAAGACCUGGUACAAGUGGUGCUGUGACAAGAGACUGUGGACAAAGAUCGAUUUGAGCCGGUGCAAGUCCAUCACCCCGCAGGCGCUGAGCGGCAUCAUCAAGCGACAGCCCGUCAGCCUCGACCUCAGCUGGACCAACAUCUCCAAAAAGCAGCUCACGUGGCUCGUCAACAGGCUCCCAGGCCUGAAAGACCUCAUCUUAGCGGGCUGUUCCUGGUCUGCGGUCUGUGCUCUCAGUACCUCCAGCUGCCCCCUUCUCAGGACCCUCGAUCUUCGGUGGGCAGUAGGAAUCAAGGACCCUCAGAUCCGGGAUCUACUCACGCCUCCAACAGACAAACCCAGUCAGGACAAUCGCAGCAAGCUCCGGAACAUGAUCGAUUUCCGGCUCGCCGGGCUGGACAUCACGGACGCCACGCUGCGGCUGAUCAUCCGCCACAUGCCCCUGCUCUCCCGCCUCGACCUCAGCCACUGCAACCACCUUACGGACCAGUCGGCCAACCUCCUCACGGCCAUGGGCUCCUCCACGCGCAACUCCCUCACCGAGCUCAACAUGGCAGGCUGCAAUAAGCUGACGGACCAGGCCUUGCUGUACCUGCGCCGCAUCUCCAACGUCACCCUCAUUGACCUGCGAGGUUGCAAACAGAUCACCCGCAAAGCCUGCGAGCACUUCAUCUCGGACCUGUCCAUCAACAGCCUCUACUGCCUGUCCGACGAGAAGCUGAUCCAAAAGAUCAGCUAGAGACCCUCCCCGGGGCAGACUGAGGAGAAGGAAACAGAGCCCAUCCCACCCCUCUCGGAGAGCCGCUCCUCCACAUCCCCAUCCUUGCCCUCGCUGUCCUGCCGCUGCUUCCCAUCGGACUCGGCAGGCAGGGCCGCUGCUGGCCUCGCUCCACCGUCCUUCCUCCUCCUCCUCCUCCCCGGGACUUCAGCCCAUGAAGAUGUCCCGCCAAGGCUGGCCAGUACCAGAGGAGGAACGGGCACAUGGCAGGGAGCCUCGGCCGCUCCCAAGGUGGAGGGUUAAACGGAGAUCUCUGUGCAGAGAAUUGGGGCACCCUCUUCCCCCCCCCCCCCAACCCCAGCUUUCCCCUCCCUCCCUGUUGUCUCCUUGCCUUGAAACACUUGGUCACUUCCCCGUUAGCACAAAGCUUGAGGGUCAAGGUCUCUCCGAGAAGCGGGAGCAGAGCUGGAACAAAACGUCCCCCUCCGUGCCACCACCAGGUCAUCGCUUGCCCCUGCGCUCUCAGCCCCAUCCCUGGUCCCCUCAUCCGGCUGCAAGGGGCUGGGGUCCAACCUCCUCCUUCUCCCACCGCUCUCCUGCAUCCCGGUGGCUCUGACAGCGAGGGCAGGAGCCCCACAGCACCGGCCAGGACUUGGGGAGGGGGGAGCUUUGCAUCCUGCUCUUCCCAUUGCCCGGGGAGGCGAGGCUGGGGGACAACGCGCUUCCACUCCGGGCCAGCGCCAGCCUUCCCGGAGCACCGCCUGUCCCCAGUGCAGCCCAGCACCGAGGUGCGGAGCAGGGGCCACCCUACCGGUACACCAGAGCUCAGGGAGGACUCGGGAAGCAUCAGCCAGGGGUGAGUGAGCUCACCAAUGAGGGGAGGACAAAGAGCUGCCUCCUCUUCCUCACCACCUCCUCUACACGUGGCCCAGCAUCAUGAAGCACUCUAGGGGCCACCAUGGCCAUGGUUGGAAGGGGGGUGAAGGCUGCUCUGUCUUAACCCAGGGCGCUGCGGCCUGGGACCGAACUGGCACGAAUGUCCCCGCUGCAUCGUCCUCUCUCCUUCCCCUCACCCCACUUUUCGCUGCCGUUUUUCCUUUGCAAUGAAUGGUCGGUCCAAAGAACCUCUCUCUCGGGCAGCAGAGAGCUUUUUGCACUUUAAAAAGAAAAAAAACAA